GGGGAUUUACAUGUUUACAUAUUAGAAUUUAGGAUUUAGAUUCCUGUACAUUUGUAUGACUACUCGAUUCAUUCAUAUUUCUCUCUCUCUCUCUCUCUCUCUCACACACACGCACAGACACACGCACGCGCGCGCGCGCCCGCAUACACACGAGAAGGGAGUGUUUCUGAUUGGUUUUAGCGUCAGAAGAAUCUUAGCCAAUAAGAGAGGGGCCGUGUUGGCUAUAUCACAGAGGGCUCUGGAAGCAGCGCUACUAUUUCAGAAUUGUUCUUUGAACGUAUCUGAGCUACAAGAUGAGUGGACGAGGAAAAACCGGCGGCAAAGCUAGGGCUAAGGCCAAGACCCGAUCAUCCAGGGCCGGCCUGCAGUUCCCCGUUGGCCGUGUGCACAGGCUUCUGCGUAAAGGUAACUAUGCCGAGCGCGUCGGUGCCGGCGCUCCGGUCUAUUUGGCAGCCGUGCUCGAGUAUCUGACUGCUGAGAUCUUGGAGUUGGCUGGCAACGCCGCCCGCGACAACAAGAAGACCCGUAUCAUCCCCCGCCAUCUGCAGCUCGCCGUGCGUAACGAUGAGGAGUUGAACAAAUUGCUUGGCGGAGUGACCAUCGCUCAGGGAGGUGUACUGCCCAACAUUCAGGCCGUGCUGCUGCCCAAGAAAACCGAGAAGGCCGUCAAGACCAAGUAAAGUGGCCCAACACCGCGUUUCUCAGUGUUUGACAAAAAAAAAAGGCUCUUUUAAGAGCCACCCACUUCUACUCAAAAAGUGCAAUUUGAUUCCGGUUAUUUUUUUCAUUUUUUUUUUUCUUUUCCACUAGUGUCUGAUUAUAAA